UCGUUACUCUGCAGCGCAGCGGGAAAGUGCGCAGACACGGUUCGGUUGGCGUGAAGAGAUGGACGCAAUGCGGUUUCAUUCUCUACGGGAGACGCACUCAAACUCAACUGAUAUCGCUCACAGAAAGGGGUGGUGGUGGCGAUCAUCCACGCUCGUCAGUCGGGUUCUGUCCAAAGCCAUGGGAACAUCGCGUUCUAAGUUCGUUCUGCUGCUCGCAGGCAGCCUAACUCUGCUAGCAGUGCAAGUUCUAGCCGGUGUGUUGGACAAUCGCGUCGAUCAAUACUCAUUCGGUGGCGGUGGUGAUAAUGGAGCAGAAUCGUGUAAAUUGCCAGACAGCUUGAUACGGGAGAUCGAAGGUUAUCAACCGAUUGUGGACAAAAUCAUCGGCAAGAUCGUUGAUGGAGAGUUUGCGGGGCAGACGUGGCAGAGUUUGGCCGAUUUGGUGGACACUUUCGGUGCGCGACCGGCCGGAUCGGAUCAGCUGGAGAAUGCGAUCGAUUACGUGUUGGAGAAUAUGAAGCGGGAUGGAUUGGAGAAUGUGCACACGGAGAAUGCUACGGUGCCGCAUUGGGUGCGGGGCUUCGAGAGUGCUCAGCUAGUGGCGCCAUUCAAGAAGAAUUUGCCUCUGCUGGGGUUGGGGGGAACGGUGGGGACUAUGCGAGGUGGAAUCAUUGCCGAAGUGAUAGCGGUAGAAUCUUUUGAAGAGUUCAGUCAACUUACUACCGAUCAGGUGAAGGGGAAGAUCGUGGUGUUUGUUCCAAAAUGGGAAGGGUACGGAAAAACGGUUGUCUAUCGAGGUAAAGGAGCUUCGGUGGCAUCAAAGAAAGGAGCCGUGGCCAGUUUGAUUCGAUCCGUUACGCCCUUCUCGAUCGGUUCUCCACACACCGGAUGGCAAAGCUACGAAGAUGGUGUUAAGAAAAUCCCAACGGCUUGUAUCACAGUGGAAGAUGCCGAAAUGAUUCUGAGAAAGUACCGAAAGGGAGAGAAAAUGACGAUUCAUCUGGAAAUGGAAGAUCGGAGCUUGGAUCCGUUUGUGUCGCGCAAUACGAUCGCCGAACUGCAGGGUACAACGUUCACGAAUACUUCUGUGGUGGUUGUGUCGGGGCACUUGGACAGCUGGGACGUGGGUGUCGGUGCGAUGGAUGACGGAGGUGGCGCGAUGAUUUCAUGGAAAGCUUUGACUUAUUUGAAAGCUAUGGGCUUGAGAGCGCGGCGGACGAUAAGAGCUAUUCUUUGGACAGGCGAGGAAGAAGGCUUGCUCGGAGGUCAAGCCUAUAAAGAGGCUCAUAUGGAAAACGAACAGAAAGAGUUCAACUUUUUCUUCGAGUCCGACAUGGGAACAUUUGAGCCAAGGGGCUUGGAUUUCACCGGGAACAAAGAUGCUGAGUGCAUCUUUAGAGAAGUAGUCAAACUAAUGACCGCACUGAAUGCAACUGAGUUCGGUACGCCUGCUGAUGGUGGACCGGAUAUAAGCCAUUGGACUAGUCGGGGAUUCCCAGGAGCAUCGUUGCUGAACAAAAAUGAGAAAUAUUUCUGGUUUCAUCAUUCUGCCGGGGAUACCAUGGCCGUUGAAGAUCCGAAGAGUUUGGAUAAAUGCGCUGCCAUCUGGGCUGCGGCAGCCUAUGUAAUUGCUGAUUUGAGUGUGGCAAUGCCGAAAGAUGUUGUGUAGAAUAGUUUUAGAUAUCUAGUGGGAAAGCUUUAAAAUAACAUAAUAGCAACAAAAUUAAAAAUGAG